AUGUGCGAGCAGCGAGCAAUCGAGUACCUGACUGAACCGUCGAUCAUCCCCACCUUUCCGGAUGAGAUCCUCUACGUUCUUACCCUCCCUCAGCUCCCAAAGCACGACGACAGCCUCGUCAUGGCCUACUACCUCACCGUCGCCCCACCUUUGGCAUCCGACAAGGUCCAGCAGACAUUCUUCAAAACACUGUGUCGCGGAAGCAUCACAGAAGCCUUCUACUUCACACGCAAGUACGACGAAACGCUACGACGAAACUACCUUACGCAACUCAUCGAGUUUGUGCACACUACGGAACCGGGUCCGCUUCGGAGUACACAGGCGAUGGAACUGAUCGGUCUGCCAUUCGACGACCAGGAAGAGGAAUGGUUCGAGGACGCCCUGCUUCACGGAAGCGCCAAGGGUCUCCAUGGGUCGAGGGAUACCGUCAUGAUGCGCCGUCUUGCCAGCGGCAAGUCCAGCGGGCCUUCUGCGGAGCUCGAGUCUUUGGGUGGCACGAAGAUCGACGGGCUGAACUGGGACGUCCUGAAACAAAGCAUGACGCCCACGCAGAGAUCCUAUGGAGUGGUAGCAGCAGACAUAAAAGCCGACCUCACAGCCGGUAAAGGACGGCCAGAAUGGGUCUUCUCCUGCUACGGUCCCGGGAAGGACGCCCCGAGACAACUAUUCGGAGGCACUCAACGGGAGCAGAGUUUCGAAGAACUCCGACUGCGCCAUUAUGAAUUGGCUGCCGCAGGCAACGUGAACCAGGCCGUGCAAGAAGCCCAGGCUUUGUACGCAGAGUCUCUGAAACAGAUGGAUGUCAUUCUAAGCGAUUUGGACGGUGCGGUGAAAUAUGUACUCGCAGGAGUGAAUGAACAUCCCAACCGCAUCGACAUCACGGAGGGCAAAACCGGCCCUGCUCCCCCUUCGGGACCGUCUGCUUUUGGCCAACCUUCGCCAUUCGGUCAACCCGCUGCUGCUAAUUCGGCGCCGGGUUUCGGCCAGCCGUCCUCGCUAGGUAGUCAAGGGCUCGCAAAGCCUUCUCCUUUUGGCCAGCCAUCGGCAUUUGGUCAGCCGUCUGGUCUGGGGCAAUCGUCCGGUAUGGGGCAGACAUCUGGUUUUGGACAACCAAGUGCUUUAGGACAAGGGUCUGCAUUUGGAAAGCCAUCUGGAAUGGGUGGUGCACAACCCGGGUUUGGUCAGCCGGCAUUUGGUCAACCUGGCUUUGGUCAACCUCCCUCUGGCGGAUCUGCCUUCGGCCAGCCUUCGUCACUUGGAACAUCGGCGUUCGGGACACCCGGUACAGCUUCUCCUUUCAGCCAAAUAUCAGCUCCGAGCCAGCCAGCGAGUAGCGGGUUCGGCCAGCCUUCUGGGCAGGCAGCUGCUUCUCCAUUUGCACAGGUCGCAAAUCAACAACCCGCUACCACGUCGGCAUUUGCUCAACCAGCGACGACACAACCGAGUCCCUUCGGUCAACAGUCACAAACGGCGUCUCCUUUCGGACAACCUCAACCAGCUUCGAACCCAUUUGGACAACCAGCCGCGACAGCCCCGAGUCCCUUUGGAGCCACACCAACUGCGCCUUCAGCGUUCGGCCAGCCUGCCAGCGGCUUCUCGCAACUGGGCCAACAAGCAGCAGCAGCAGCCCCAGCCCCAGCCCCUGUCACAACAGCAGGCACCGGACCUCCUCCCGUCAUUAAGCUCGGCAAUCCCACCGACCUCAGCCCCAUCCCGCAGCUGUCUGGUCAGACAGUCCGAGACCCCAUGACCAAGAGACUCACAGCCUGGAAAGGACAGCCCGUGAAGUACAUCGAAAACGUGCCGUGCUAUCUCCACCCCCAGGAUCGUCAAACCUACGUGCACAUCUUCUUCCCCGACGGUCCCCCGGACGCAGCAAGCCUGCGGGACGCCCAGGGAAAGCCGGAGGAAUACACGCCGGAGGUAACGGAGCAAUACGAGUUCUUCGUGAAGAACGGAUACUUCAAAGACGGGGUCAUUCCAAGCGCACCGCCCAAGACGGAAUGGGUGAACUUCGACUUUUGA